UGUGGUGGUGAAGCGGCGCGCCGUCGCCCGUCGCCCGUCAGUCGGCGGCAGCGAGUCACGCGCGUCGUCUCGUCCAGCUCUCUCGCCUCGCUGCACUCCUGCCCGCACACCUGCUGUCGCUCAGCUUCGUCGGCUAUCACGCGAGCGGAGGUCGCUGCGACCUCGCGACUCUGUUUCGGUUCUCGGCGAUUUCACCGACCGCGUGUUACAGCAAUCGCCGCGGUCUCCAAGCGCGAAGUGAAGCCAGUGCUGUGACCGGACCUCUCCGCUCUGUGACAGUGAACUCGUGUCUAGUUAAUCUAGUUACCUUGGUGCGGAUGUGCAGUGAUGGAUCAAUGAGACAGAAGCGCGAGUGAACGCGCGAAACGACGAGUCUUCUUUUCUUGGGGUGCGAGAACGGGCCGUCAAAAUUGAGCCCAAACUGUAUCUAGAUUACAACGCCGCCCCGCUGUUCGCCUCCGAAAACGCCUCCAGUGAAGUGUGGAGCGCGAACGGCGGGGGCGGCGCGACAGCAUGCGGUAGCAGCGGCAUGGACUUGAAACACGAGGUGGCGUACCGGGGCAUCCCGGGCCAGGUGAAGGCCGAGCCGGGGGUCAGCCACAACGGGCACCCCAACGGGCACGUGCGCGACUGGAUGGCGGGCGGGGGGUCACCGUCGCCAGCCGCCGCGCCGCCGCAGCCCAACGGGUACUCCUCGCCGCUCUCCUCGGGAAGCUACGGCCCCUAUAGCCCCAAUGGUAAAAUAGGUAAGUACUUAGAUAUAUAAUGUGGCAGUUUCGCUGCGGGCGACGGGGGGAAAGACUGCGCGGGUGUGAAAUCGUGCGUGCAGGAAAGUGAGGUACAUCAGUCGUGGGUCUUUCAUUAAUCGCUAUACGCCCCCCGGCCCGCGCGGAUCGUCGGGAGUGUUACUAACGAAGUUGCCACGCUAUAGGUACUUAUUACACGCAACCCAUAUUUCAAUUUUUUAUAACGUUCUCUUUGAACUUUUCUCGAAGCCAUUUUACAAUACAAUACCAAAUAAAUGAAUGUAAAAAAAAUACCGCUGUUUAUUCGAAAAGUAAAUAUUCCCUUUCAUUCCUCGCAAUAUGAUUUCUUUCAUGAGUUCAAAGAAAAUCAACAAACAAAGAAACGAGCUACUGGAAUAAACCGCUACGUAGUUGAUAUUUUCAUUGAAUAGAAUAAAUACUCAUUCAUUUCCAUGUUGUUUAGCCAAAUCUUAAAUAUUUUAGAAAAU